AGAGAUUUUUAGACUGCAAUCUGUUCCAUUCAUAAUUUUCAUAUUUCUAUAUCGAUUACUAUCGUUAUCGAUAUGAAUUUGUGCACCGGCCUUAAGAAUUGUGGCAGCCCAAAUUUUCCCAGGCAGCAGGCUCGUGACAUCUCUCCCAAAAACUUGGAUCUGACCGGUUCAAUAAGAAAGCUUUAGUGAAAUUUGGCAACUGAUCGAAACUACAUAUAUCUGAAAUGGGCUCGCGCUAUAUGGUCUACUGGCGCGUCUACGUCUAUGCGAACAACUUGUAUUCGCUGCCAGAGGACGAGUCGCGCAGCUACCGCGAAUGCACGCCAUUGGUGUACAGGCGCAAUUCGGAUGAGGUGCAUCGUCUGCUUUGCUUUGCCAAUCGUGAGUUGUCCGUGCUGCUGUGCAACGCGCAGGCGGAGCUGUUGACCGUCUUCGAUGUGCUGCAGGAGCUGCUCCUCGAGGUGAACAUGAGGAGUCUGGAGUUCAACAUGUCGCUGUCCUACUUUCUGGGAUCCAAGACCAGCCACUUUGUGCACGAGCUCAUCAACUUUGCUCGCUCGCCCUACGACGAUAUGAUUAGCUACGAGUGCAAUGUGAGCUAUAAGGAGCGGCCCAUCGAAAUUGCAAAGCAGGUGGCGGACGGUGUGGCGGAGGGGGCGGCGGAGGGUGAUGAGGAAACGCAGCAGCAGGAGCAGCCGGUGAAGCAGCAGCCGCCGCAGCAGCCGCCGUUGAGCACUACGAAACUCAUGCGUAACUUCGUGGAGUUCUCCAAGUGUGUGGAUGAGGAUGAGUGUGUCGGCUUCUCGGCUGAGCUGGAGGCAGAGGAUGAGGUGCCCGAUGAGAUUGAAGAUCUGCUCGAUAUGAGUGAUACGAAUACGGAGUCACCAUUAGUGAUAGAGCUACAUCGCCUGCUCGCCGAGCACAAUGCGGCAGGCGUACUGCGUUCCCGUCAGAGGGCCGGCCAAGCGAGCAGUGACCAGGUGCAGAGCUCGGACAACACUGCAGCGGCAGGAGCAGCAUCAAACGGACUUGCAGCAGCAGCUGGAGGCGGUGCAGCGGCUACAGGCACAACUGGUGGCAUCUUCGACAUGAAUACCAAUACCGUUAUUAACAUGAAUUCGAACUCGAAUUCGACUUCCAACAACAACAACAACAACAGCAACAGCAAUGGCGCUGCUCCUGCUGCUGCUGCUGCUGCAGCUGCUACUGCUGCUCCUGCUGCUCCUGCAGCGGCUGGCACAUCGUCCAACCUGUUGAGCAAUGAUCUAAGCCUCGAGGUGGCCAUCGAGCGCAGUAUGCUGGAUCCCGAUAUCUUUAUGCCGCGGCGUGGCCAGCCCCUGUUGCCCACUGCGGGCUACCCACGCAACUUGGCUCGCCCAACGGACCCCAACGGCGGUGCAGCGGCCCUAGCAGCAGCAGCGGCCAGCUUGCCUCGUCUGUCGAGCAACUUGCGUGCGGCGCUCCGCUCGCGGUCCCGCGGCUCCAGUGUGACGCCCAAGCGACGACGCACCACGAAUCGCGAUGUCGACCAUUGAGACUAAUAACUGAAUUCGAGAGACCAAUCACACACACACACGCACGCACACGCACACACAAAUACACUCUGUCAUGGCCUUUGGCGGCACGUGUCGCAUUAUGCACAUCUAUAAUAAAUAAAUAAAAGAAGAGCUUUACGCAUUUAAAAUUGCAUAAAA